UCAAGAGAAGGACAUGAAAAUUGUUUGUUGCAGGAUGAAAAACAUGCCCCACCUCAUUACUUGCCAGGCAUUGGCAUGUAAGAGCAGGUAAUGCCAAAGGCUGUCAUGCACAAAGGCUCUCUCGCCCCGCGGGCACACGCGGACCAGCAUAAAAGCCAGCCCUGCACCUCACACCCUCACACACUCCUCCGGACGCCUUCUCCCCUGUGCCCAACAAGGGACCCUCCACACCACAGACAUGUCCUGCUACAACCUCUGCCGCCCCUGUGGACCCACCCCGCUGGCUAACAGCUGCAACGAGCCCUGUGUCAGGCAGUGUGAAGACUCCCACAUCGCCAUCCAGCCUCCCACCGUGGUGGUCACCCUGCCAGGACCCAUCCUCAGCUCCUUCCCCCAGAACACCGCCGUUGGAUCCUCUGCAUCAGCUGCCGUGGGCAGCAACCUCAGCUCCCAGGGAGUGCCCAUCUCCGGGGGAUUCGGAGGCUAUGGCCUGGGAGGCUUUGGCUUUGGAGGCCUGGGCUGCUUCUCUGGCAGAAGAGCCUGCUACCCCUGCUAA